GGCCCCGCCGGCGCUGACCGCAUGGCCGCCAUCAAAGCGCUGCAGCAGUGGUGCCGGCAGCAGUGCGAGGGCUACCGGGACGUGAACAUCACCAACAUGACCACCUCGUUCCGGGACGGCCUGGCCUUCUGCGCCAUCCUGCACCGCCACCGGCCCGACCUCAUAGACUUCGAUGCACUCAGGAAGGAGAACAUCUAUGAGAACAACCAGCUGGCCUUCCGCGUGGCCGAGGAGCAGUUGGGCAUCCCGGCCCUGCUGGACGCCGAAGACAUGGUGGCCCUCAAGGUGCCAGACAGACUGAGCAUCCUGACCUACACGUCCCAGUAUUACAACUACUUCCACGGUCGCUCACCCAUUGGAGGCAUGGCUGGUGUGAAGAGACCCCCGUCUGCCCCUGAGGAGGAACCAUCCGGCAAGAAGACCCCAGACCAGCUGGCCUCACCCAGCCCACCCCGAGGCCAGCCGCUGACCCCAGUCAGGACCAACCCUGUUGUCCAGGGGAGGGCUGCGGGGGCGCAGGGCCCUCCCCCAAAGGCUGGUCUGGCCCCCUCGGGCAGCUCCGUGGUCAGCAGCACCUGUGCAGUCUGUCGAAAGCAUGUGCACCUUGUACAGCGACACCUGGUGGAUGGCAAGCUUUACCACCGGAACUGCUUCCGGUGCAAACAGUGUUCUAGCACGCUACACUCGGGGGCCUAUCGGGCCACGGGGCAGCCCGGUGUCUUUGUCUGCACUAACCACCACUCCCAAGCCACCCCUGCCAGCCCCACGUCGACGGGCCAGGCUCCCAGGCAGUCAGGACCCCACACUGCGGACCCCAGGCUGCUCAGCACUCCAUGGCGGGUCCGGGAAGGGACCGGGCUCCGAGAAACAGGCCCUGCAGCCAAGCAGCCAGCCCAGAAGUCUGUGCCCGGCAGCCCAGCAGCCAGAAGUAUCACUCCAUCCGCCUCUGUCCCUCCCGCUGUGACCGCCGCCGCCUCCUCUCCUGUCCACUGGGGCCGCUCUGAUACGCACAGGCUACACACCGGCCCUGUGACUGCCAGCCCCAUGCCCCAAACCAGCACUCGCGUCACCAACAGCUCACCGACCGGGUGGUCCUCACCAGUUCAGGGUGCUGCGGCAGCCAGGCCCCAGCUGACGGGACCCCCGAGUGCCCGGGACCCUCCCCAAGCUCUGCCCCAAGUCCAGGUUGCCCCCCGAACAGCAGCUCCACAGGCCAAACUCAACUCCACCCCCUCGCCUCUGAGCCCCUCGGACACUGCAGCCUGGACCCCCUUGGCCUCCAAGACUCAGCAGGCCCGUGAGAGGUUCUUUCAGGAGUUCAGCAAUGGCUCUGCAGGCAGGGGGCCUGGGAAGGCGGCCCCUGGGGACAGGACUCCAGGGGACAGGACUCCAGGGGACAGUAACCGGGAGCAGGCGCUGAGCUUCCUCAAGAAGACCCUUCCAGGAGGCCCGGAGGGACCCGGCAGGCUGCCCCCCGCCACCUCUUCAGCCUUCAGAGCCAAAGGGCAGUUAGGGGAGGCGUCUACUCCUGACGGCAGCCCUGCGGCGAGGAGAGAGUCCCACCCUCCCAGGGCUGAAUUGGCGACCACCUUCGGGACCCCUGCAUCCCUCCACCCUGGACGGAAGAGCCCAGCUACCACCCCAGAGGGCAGCAGGGCUGGAGGGGGCUCCAGGGUGAAGUUGGAGGAGCCCCUGACUGGGAAGGGUCUGAGUGGCAGCCCCCAGGAGGGUCCGGAGGACGGCCCAGCCGGAUGGAGGACCCGUCUGAAACCUGUAGGGAAGAAAAAUCCCCCUGAGAGGACUCUGGAGCUGAAGGAGCCCUCAGCCCAGGGAGAGUGGAGAGCCGGAGCCCCGCCCAGGAAGGUGUUGGGGAGCCCUGAGGGAGGGGUCUCCAUCACACUGAGCCCUGUACAGCCUGACAGGACCUGCGGGCCCAGCCUCUCAGCAGCAGCCUCCUCCCCUCCUCGCCGUAAAAGGCUGACCGUACCUGCUAGCCUGCUGCUGACCGGGUCCUCAGGGCAGGAAGCCCAGGCCCCCGACCGGAAGGAGGGAGAGCUCCACUCUCGGGACAAACCAGGAACCCUCGUGGGCCCAUCUAGCCCUCCCAUGCCCUCCCGUGAGGCUCUGGUCUCCCCAGUUAAGCAGCACUUCACUGCCCUGUGCACCCCACAGCCACACCCUGCCCGCCUGACCCAGGAGGAGAUCCAUCGGCAGGUGCAGGACAUCGCCCGGCAGCUGGACGCACUGGAGCUCCAGGGUGUGAGGCUGGAGCAGAGGCUGCGUGCUGCUGAGGGAGGUGAGGCCGGCCCACCCAGGCUCACGCUGGCCCAGGGCCCGCAGAAUCUGGAUCUCCAGAGACGGGGCAGCAUCCAGAAGAAGAAGUCCAGGUUCCGCAUGGGCAGCUUCUGGUCCCCCAAGGGCAAAAGCCAGACCCCGGAAUGAGCGGCAGCUGAGGGGGCAGGGCAGGGGGAUGACGGAAGACCCUGCGUGGGCCUCUGCGGGUCUGGUACCUCAAUAAAAGGGCUGCUUGUG